AUGUUUGGUGUCAUGAGCCCCACACUGGACUCGAUGCGUAUCAAGGCUUCGUACGUACAUGACUUCGACAACGCUGCUGUGUUGUGUUCGGUAGUGGAACCGAGCAAGGAAGAGCCAUUCCAGUCGCUCGUGAUCAAAUGGAUGUCUAUUGAUCCUCCCCUACAGUCAGCUAAACUUUCCAAGAGCCGAGAUUUCGUCUUCAUCGAGGCAACAGGAAUAGUGGAAUUUGACGACGGAGACUGUGUCGGGUAUCAUUUCUUACACUCCGUCGACUUCCCACAGACAGGACCGUUGCCUCAUAAAAUACGCGGGAACUUAUCGGCUUUCAGUUGUUUCAGACAAGUUGGUGUCAACACGAUCGGCAAUUUUGCGUGUGCGACAGUGGACCCUGGAGGCGACGCUAUUCGCUUCCUCUUGACGUCGGUUGUGGCGGAUUUUCUUCUCUCCGCUACGAAUUAUGUGUACUGUGGACAGAUGAAGAAGUUGGCGUGGUUACUGCAACAUCGACUGUGCAAGUUGUGCGGCGGGGAAGUGUGUUUAUCGUUUGAUCCAGCGAAAAGUUGUUUUCUGCGGGAUGUGUGUUAG